AUGGGCCUAGUCCUUAUGCUGGAAGCACACAAGGCUGUGCGGUUGCAGUUUAUCUCGUGCCCAAGAGAACACUGUUUAAGCGUGGAAGCAAUGCCAUGUGGGACCAAGUCAACAAAGUCAGAAGUUCUGACAAAUCAUUCAACACGUCAAAGUGAUGCUAACACACUCAGCACCCACUUUGCUUCCAUGUCAACUGACCCGUCCUACAAAACUCCACCAACAAAAGUAUCAACAAUCAAUAGUCAUUAUCAACAUCAACAAAUUACCCCAUACUCCGUCCUGCACAUGCUCCAUCCGGUACAGGUCCAGACAAUCUACCAGCCUGGCUUUCAAACAAUUCAUACACUCAAAACACUCCGCUCACAUGGUCUCAGAGGCAUUAAAUUAUUCGACAUCACAGAAUCACUCAUUAUCUCACGCAUCAAAUAUGUAGCUCCCUCCUGGUGUGGUUUUGCUACACAGCAACAACUUCAGCAACUACAAUUUCUCAUCAAAAAACUUAUCCGCUUCAACUAUCUGCCGGCAUCAUAUCCCACCGUCACUCAGAUAUUCAACACACUCGAUUCAAGACUGUUCAAGAAAGUAGAAAAUAACAACCACUGUUGUUCUGACUCAGUGUUGUUGCUUUGUGUUGGUCGUGCGAAAUCCGACAAGACUCGACGGCCCAGUGAAAACAGGCCAGUUAAUUUUUACAACGUCAAAGUUCAUCUUGACAAAGUCAAUAUGUCCCUAUAUAUACAGCAAGGAGCACUGAAGAUGAUUCAUUCGGAAUCGAAAUAUGGCCUUAUUUGCAGCAUGAACUCGAAAAAUAAGAAACCACAACACGGUGUUGGAGAUAUAGCGAGUAUUGAAGCUAUAACAUCGGUUUUGGUAGUUACGAGGUCGAAGAGGGAAUAUCUCCUAACAAAGAGACUAAUACCAAAAACGGCUACACAAGAGUCGGAAAUCAGUCUACCAGCAUAUUCGCCUACGGAUGAUGUCGACUGCGACGCACGUGAUACUGGCAUAGCACGUGUAAAUUGUGAUGCAAGUGACAACUACGACGCACGUUUUAACAGUGAUGCACGUGGUAUCUGCGAUGCACGUGACAACUAUGAUGCACGAGAAAACCGCAAAGCACGUGACAACUAUAAUGCACGUGUUGACGUACAGAAAAACGACGAAAAGGUGAGCAAAGAUAAGCUAGACAAACUUGAAAAAGAUCUUAAUAAGGUAACAACAGACAGAAUUAUUCUCAAGAGUGAAGGUCAAAGUCAUCAACAGGAACUUGAAGAAAUUGAAAAACCGAAACAGGAGCAUACAAAUGAGAUGAAAGAACAGAAAUAUGAAAAAAACAUGAGCGAAGCAGAUGCUCAAAGAGUGCCAAGUAAAGACGGAAGAAAAGGAGAAACUGUCCCAAGGAUUGGGAAAGGUCGUGCCAAGUCACCACCUAGAUCAACGGCGUGGUGUAUCGGGUACGAAAACGAGAAGACCACGCAGCAAGGGGAAUUGACCAAAUCGACGACUAUUUUUGGUUUCAAUGGAGGGCAAUGUUAUAGACGUGAAGCCGAAAUAAGAACUAGUAGUUAG